AUGGCUCUUCAGACACAAGCGUCUCCCUGUUCCCCUCUUUCCAUACAAGUCGAUAUCUUAGGCUGCCAGCUUGAUGUCAAAUCAGCUGCCCAAAAAGAGCCCAAUACUCUUCGAACAGAACUGAUCAAAGCUCUUCGCUAUGUCACACUCUCUGCCUCAGAUCUUGCCCUCAUCGAACUUCAAGAAACGUUCCGCGUUUCCCUUGGCCGCCCGCGGAUCAAAACGCCGGACCGUCUGGCCUCAGUUGUCCAUGCAUGUAGACGAAGAACCAUUGAUGAGCAUCUGUGGGAAUCCCAGAUCUGGCGUCAAGGCGGCAUACUACUUGUCAACGCCAUCAGUAGCGCCAUCAGCAAUGUUUCUCUGGAUGAGAGCCAGACUGCUGACAUCUUGAGGUUGGUUCAACUCAAAUCACUCGGUGGACAGCCUGCUGUCACUGCCUUCCAUCUUAUGGGCUGUCCAGAGAACCUGGAAAAUGGUACACAAUUGGGGGAGAAGUUCUUCGCAUAUGGCGGGACGCUGGCAUUGGCCGCGAGCGCGGUUGCAAUAUCCGACGACGCCAAAGUUAUGCCGUUACUGGAGAAGCUACCAGAAAGCCACAGUACGAGUGUUUCAGUCAAAAGAACGUCCACAAACACAGAGGAAUCGCAUUGGGCCCGCACCCCGGAAACUGAAAUCUCGAAGGUGUGA